UGGUGCAGUUUACUGUCGUACUGACACACACAUCCUGAUCAGAGUUCAGUAGCAAGUAUAUCAUUUUAGUUUUCUAACUCUCUUGAUUUUUUUUUAAAUUUGAAGAUCUUUCAACUAGGCUAGAGGUGAAACUGUUUGGAGCGGAUUCUCUUAAAGCAGUAAUGUCUGAUAGUCCUUCGGUGAUUGAAACUUGCAAACCCAUCAAACAAACCCUUCCAGACACACGGCCAUUUCUCCGUUACGUCUGUGGGUUGGACCCCGUCUCCAUGGCGAGCUGGUGUGUAACUGAGAGAUUUCUAUAAAUUACUGGCUUCAGACAGGGUCAGAAGCAGAAAGACAUUUGAAUAUCCAGCUCUUCAAUUCAAGGCGAUGGACUACGUUUAUGAUGAAGAUCUUGACGAACUGUGUCCAGUGUGUGGGGACAAAGUAUCCGGUUAUCAUUAUGGACUAUUGACCUGCGAAAGUUGCAAGGGAUUUUUCAAGAGGACUGUGCAGAACAGUAAGCGCUACACUUGUACGGAGAAUCAAAACUGCAAAAUCGACAAAACCCAGAGGAAGCGAUGCCCGUACUGCAGAUUUCAGAAGUGCCUGACCGUGGGCAUGAGAUUAGAAGCCGUCCGUGCUGACAGGAUGAGAGGGGGAAGAAACAAAUUCGGGCCCAUGUACAAACGCGACCGGGCCUUAAAACAGCAAAAGAAAGCGCUGAUCCGGGCAAACGGCUUCAAGCUAGAGACCAUGCCUCAAAUGGUAUCGUCAGUGCAGAACGAGUAUUCGCUCUCCACCGCUGUACACAACGUACAUUCUGUUUCCAAAGGCAUUCCUCCUAACCCGGUCAUUUUACCAGCGACAGGUUAUGAGAGAAACCUCUAUGGCUCUCCAACAGUAGGCAUGUCAAUGCCCAACCAUGGGACACCACUGAGCUACCAGUACCCCACGUUCCAUAACCGAACCAUCAAGUCUGAGUACCCAGACCACUAUGCAAGCUCUCCAGAGUCUCUUGUUGGCUACCCAUACACAGACACCUACCAAACCAGCUCUCCCGCUACCAUACCGCAGCUGAUCAUGGAACUCCUGCGGUGCGAGCCUGAUGAACCGCAAGUCCAGGCUAAGAUCUUGGCCCAUCUACAGCAGGAACAGGUCAACAGAGGCAAACACGAGAAACUUAGCACCUUUGGCCUGAUGUGCAAAAUGGCCGACCAAACCCUCUUCUCCAUAGUCGAAUGGGCGCGGAGUUGCAUAUUCUUCAGAGAACUCAAGGUGGACGACCAGAUGAAGCUGCUACAGAACUGCUGGAGUGACCUGCUGGUACUGGACCACAUCUGGAGACAGGUCUACCACGGGAAGGAGAACAGCAUCCUUCUGGUGACUGCACAAGAGGUUGAGCUGUCCACAAUCGCCAACCAGGCGGGCUCGACCCUCAUUAACCUGGUGCUGCGGGCACAGGAGCUGUCGGCCAAGCUGCAGACGCUACAGUUCGAUCGGAGGGACAUGGUCUGCUUCAAGUUCCUCCUCCUCUUCAGUCCCGAUGUGAAGGUCCUGGAAAACCGGCACUUGAUCGAGAGCGUUCAGGAGCAGGUACACGCUGCUCUCCUCGACUACACCAUGUGCAACUACCCCCAGCACGGAGAAAAGUUUGGACAGCUGUUGUUGCGGUUACCCGAAAUCCAUGCCAUCAGUAAGCAGGCAGAAGAAUACCUGUACUAUAAACACCUGGGUGGUGAGGUACCAUGUAACAACCUGCUGAUUGAGAUGCUUCAUGCCAAGCGAGCUUAGAACCAAACCUCGAUCUCCAGACUCCCAAAGGCAGGUUGUGGAUUCCAUUUUAUAUAUAUAAAUAUAUAUUAUAUUACUUUAUAUUAUUACUAAAAUCACUGUAAUUUGAUAGUAAUAAAAUGAUUUUUAAGUAUACAGGAUCUAUGUAAUCUUGGAAUACCUGAGAACAAUAUUUUCAGAUGUUGACCAUGUUUUUCCUAUCAUUGUAAAAAUGUUGGCUUUAUUUUGGUAAACCAAUCUUCAACGAGGCUGCGAAACUGCCAGCGUGUAAAGAAUGGAGUUUACAUGAAGUCGAGCAGCGUAAUGGGCACUUCUGUUCACUGUGAGCGCAAUGAGCGGUCAGAGUUUACACUUGAUUCUUUAGAGAUGUACAUUAGAAGGUUGGAAACAGGAGAGGGUUAGAAGCUUAGAAGGAGUUUGGCUGUGUGUUUCCCUGAACCUCUGCUUUUGCUGACAAAGGUCAGGGUAGAGUCGUUGUUUGAAAUGCGUUCCCCCACCUUGACUCUCUGUAUGGCCUCUGAUCCAGCCCUGCAUCGACAGAGACACAAUCCAAAGAUUCCUAAGGUGAAGGUUUUCCACACGCCACUCCUAUCAUCCCAUGACUGUGCGUGAGAGGGAACGCCCUUGUUCAGACUGAACAUAAAAUGUGUUAGUUCUCUGAUAUUUUCAGAGGUCUUUGCUAUUGAAAACUGUAACCAUAUUAGAAAUUACAGUGUUCCCUUCAGUAAUCCUCUCUUCACACACCUGUACCUAGAACUGCACAUCUGUACCUUAUUUAAUAUUUGAAAAUUGAAAGCACUUGUAUUUUUAUUGAGUUGCCAGCAGUUGUGUUUGUCAUUUUUAUGCUUUGAAUUUGUUUUAUUCUGAAUAUUAUGGUAAAUUGUACAAAAUAAACCGACAUAAAACAACUGUUUUAUGGAAAUUAAUAUUUCAUGAGUAAACAACUGCUAUUUCUCUCCUAUUUAAAAUUUUUUGCCAUAACAGCUAUACUGCAUAAACAGUUGUAUGUCGCUCUUUUGCAUGUUUGGCUCACCUUUUAGAGAAAUAAACUGAUUAAAUUUCUACAUCCGCGCUGUUCCCAUUCAUAAAUCUGAGGAUGCCUUAAAAAGGCGGCAGGUUACCCAAACCUGUAGAUACGGGAACUUUUAUUUCAUUCGCAGCCUACAUGAAGCUCAAAGUUCAAAGUACAUUUAUUAUCAAAGUAAGGUUAUACAACCUUGAGAUUCCUCUCCUUACAGGCAGCCACAGAACAAGAAACCCAAAAGAACCCAUACAAAAAUGACAAACACCCAAUGUGCAGAGAGAAAAAAAAACAAAUUGUGCAAACAACAAAAGUAAGCAAAUAGAAUUUAGAAUGAAAGUGAAACAAAAAACUGUAUUUCCAUACAGCCUGUCACAUCUUUGUCAGGAUUUUAAUGUAUCCAAUAUUGGGGGUGUCUAGGACCAGAGGGCACAGCCUCAGAACAGAUGGACGUGCGUUUAGAACAGAGACGAGGAGGAAUCCCUUUAGCUAGAAGGUGGUGAAUCUGUGGAAUUCAUUGCCUCAGAUGGCUGUGGAAGUCAAGUCACUGGAUAUACUUACAGCGUAGGUUGAUAGUUUCUUGAUUGGUAAGGGUGUCAAAGGUUACGGGCAGAAGGCAGGCGUUUGGGAUUGAGGAGAUAAUAAUCCUGGUGGACCGGAUAAGUCUGAUGGAUUAUUCACCACUUUCUCUGUGACUCUAUGACUCCAAAUGCCUGAGAUCCUAUAGGGGCUUGACAGAAUAUGGUAGAUGUUGAGAUGUUUCCACUGGUGGGAGAGUAUGAACUAGGGGACAUGGUCACAAAAUAAUGGGACAGUCAAUUAAAACUGUGGUACAUAGAAUUUUUGCCUGUUAGGAACUUUCUGCCCCUGAGGGUAUAGAGGCCUGAUGGAACAGACUCGAUGGGCCAAAUGGACCAAUACUGCUCCUAUGCCUUAUGGUCUUAUGGCAAAAUAGGAAAUCCUCCAUUAUGUCAUGGGUGAUAUUGGUUAUAUUGCUGUUUGAGGGAACUUCUGCAUCAUUUCAGUAUGCCUUCAAUAACUUCAAACAAAGUAUGGCAACUUCUUUGCCUGUGACCACAAAAACUUGCAGAGAGUUAUCAGCACAGCUCAGCGCAUUAUAGAAUCCAUCCUCCCUCCAGACUCUGUCCGCAUCGCUCUUGGUAAAGCAGCCAAUAUUCUCUCUUCCAUUCCCCAUCAGGCAGAAGGUAAAAAAUCCCCAAAACAUGGAACUCCAGGCUUAAGGACAGCUUCAGGGGACACAGUCUCAAAUUAUAAGGAAUUCCCUUCAGAGCAGAGAGGAAGAGGAAUUUCUUCAGUGAAAGGGUGGUGAAUCUGUAGAACUGAUUGCCACAGAUGGCUGUGGAGGACGAGUCAUUACGUAUAUUUAAAGUGGAGGUCAAUAGGUUCUUGAUUAGUAAGGGUGUCAACGGUUACGGGGGAAGAGAGGGGAAUGGAGUUGAGAGAGAUAGUAAAUCAGCCAUGAUGGAGAGAACUCGAUAGGCUGAAUGGCCUAAUACUGCUCCUAUAUCUUAUACCCUGUUAUAAGACAAUUGAAGAGUUCCUGAAUACAUAAGAUGGACUCUUGACUUCAAGACCUACCUCAAGCAGGAGGAGUGUGUAGUGGGACCGUCGGAAGGACAGGCAGAUGACAGGGUAAAGUGGCAGUCAUUGGGAUGAGGUGCAGUGUAACAGGGCAGUGUAACAAUGUGGGAGUUAUAUAUAGGCCUCCGAACAGUUGCAAAAAUGUGGGCUACAAAUAACAAUGGAGAUAGAAAAUGCACAUCAAAAGGGCAAAGUUACGAUAGUCAUGGGGGAUUUCAAUAUGCAGGUAGAUUGGGAAAGUCAGGGUGGUGCUGAUUCUGGAACCUGAGAGAGAGAAUUUGUCAAAUGCCCAAGAGAUUGCUAUUUGGAGCUCACUAGGGGAUCAACUAUACCGGAUUGUGUGUUAUGUAAUGAACUGGAUUUGAUUAGGAAGCUUAAGGUAAAGGAACCCUUUGGAGACAGUGAUCAUAAUAUGAUAGAAUUCACUCUGCAAUUUGAGAAGGAGAAGCUAAAGUUAGAUGUAUCAGUAUUACAAUGGAGUAAAGGGAAUUACAGAGGCAUGAGAGAGGAGCUAGCCAAAGUUGAUUGGAAAGAGACACUAGCAGAGAUGAAGGCAGAACAACAAUGGCUGGAGUUUCUGGGAGCAAUUCAGAAGGUGUAGGAUAUAUACAUCCCAGAGAAGAAGAGGUAAGUUGAUGCAACUGUGGCUGAGAAGAGAAGUCAAAAACAACAUAAAAGCAAAAGAGAGGGCAUACAAUAGAGCAGAAACUAGUGGGAAGUUAGGGAAAUUUUUAAAAAUGAUCAGAAGGCACCUGAAAUUGCCACAAGGAAAAGAUGAAAUAUAAAGGUAAACCAGGCAAUAAUAACGAAGAGGAUACCAAAUGUUUUUCAGAUAUAUAAUAAACAAAAGAGAGGCGAGAGUAGACAUUGGACUGCUGGAAAAUGAUGCUGGAGAGGUAGUAAUGGGGUCGAAGGAAAUGGUGGACGAACUGAAUAAAUAUUUUACAUCAUUCUUCACUGUGGAAGACAUUAGCAGCAUGAAGGAAGUUCGAGAGUGUCAUGGAGCAGAAAUGAAUGCAGCUGUUAUUACAAGAGAGGAGAUGCUUGGGAAGCUGAAAAAGUCUGAAGGUAGAUAAGUCACCUGGACAGGAUGAGCUACACCUCAGAGUUCUGAAGGAGGUGGCUGAAGAGAUUGUGGAGGCAUUAGUAAUGUUCUUUCAAGAAUGGAUAGGUUCUGUCAUGGUUCUGGAGGACUGAAAAAUUGCAAAUGUCACUCCACUCUUCAAGGAGGGAGACAGAAGAAAGAAAAUUAUAGUCCAGGUAGCCUGAUCUCAGUGGUAGGGAAGAUGUUGGAGUCACUUAUUAACGGUGAAGUUUCAGAGUACUUGGAGCUACAUGAUAAAAUAGGCCGAAGUCAGCAUGGUUUCCUUAAUUGGCCUGACAAAUCUGUUGGAAUUCUUAGAAGAAAUAACAAGCAGGAUAGACAAAGGAGAAUUGGUAGAUGUUGUGUACUUGGAUUUUCAGAAGGCCUUUGACAAGGUGUCAUCCACAAGGCUGCUUGGCAAGAUAAGAGCUCUUGGUGUUACAGGAAAGAUACUAGCAUGGAUAGAGCAUUGGCUGAUUGGCUGAAGGCAAAGAUAGGGAAUAAAGGGAGCCUUUUCCAAAUGGCUGCCGGUGACUAGUGGUGUUACAUAGGGUGACUAGUAGUGUUACAUAGGAGUUGUUGUUGGGACAGCUUCUUUUUACGUUAUACGUCAAUGAUUUGGAUGAUGGAAUUGAUGACUUUGUGGCUAAGUUUGUGGGCGAUAUGAAGAUAGGUGGAGGGCCGGGUGGUGUUUAGGAAUCAGGGAGGCUGCAGAAAGACUUUGACAGAUUAAGAGAAGGCAGGAGAAUGGAGUUGAAAGGGAUAAUAAAACAGCCACGAUUGAAUGGCAGAGCCGAGUUGAUGGGCUGAAUGGCCUAUAUCGGCUCCUAUGUCAGAGAUUGAGGUUUAUGUGUAACUGGCAUAGAAUAGUUCAGUCAUGAUCAUAUAGAAUGGUGGGAUAGGAUUGAGGGCUGAGUGGACUUUGUAUAUUCAUCUGAAAGGUAUCUCCUCUGUAGCGUCCACUAGACACUUUACUCAGCUCGCUUCAAAAGUUGUACAACAGGACUUACACAAAUGAAAAUGAAAUCCCAUUAUCCCAGUUUUUCCUGAAAGGGGCAUCACAGGUAGAGGGCGUUUGGCACGCUGGCCUUCAUCAGUCAGGGCACUGAGACGUUCUGUUGCCGUUGUACAAGAUAUUAGUGAGGCUGUACCUAGGGUAUUGUGUACUGUACAACUUCAGUUGCACUGUUACAACAAGAUGCAAUGAAGAUGGAAAGUGUGCAAAGAAGAAUUAGAAGAAUGUUGCCAGGUUGAGGGCCUGAAUUAUAAAGAAAUCAUGAGCAGACGACGACUUUAUUCCUUGAAGUCCAGGACACCGAGGGGGAAUUUUAUAGAAGUGUAUAAAACCAUGAGUGGCGUAGGUCAGGUGAUGCCUGGACUUGAGGACCUGAGUUAUAAGUAAUGGUUGAAUAGGUUAGGAUUUUAUCAUCUAGUGUGUAGGAGAACGAGAGGAGAUUUAAUAGAGGUGUACAAAAUUAUGAAGGAUAUAGACAGGGUGAAUGCAAACAGGAUUUUUUUUUCCCAAUGAAGUUGGGUGAGACUAGAACUAGAAAUCAUGGUUACAGCUAAAAAGUGAAAUGUUUAAGGGGAAUCUGAGGAGGAACAUCUUCACUCAGAGAGAGUGGAGAGAGUGUGGAAUGAGCUGCCAGUGGUAGAUGUAGGACUGAUUGUAAACCUUAAAUAUUUGGAUAAGUACAAUGAUGGAAGGGAUGUGGAGGGGUUUGGUUUAGGUGGGGUUGAUGGGACUAGGCAGAACAGUUCAGCACGGGAUGGAUGGGCCGAAUGGCCUGUUUCCGUUCUCUACAACUCUGUCAUUUUGUUUACCCAACUGUACAACAAUUUCACAUUCCUGCCUCUCAAAUCUCUGUGACAACCUAACUGAGGCUUUCUACUUAUUUCACAAACAGGCACAUUCAUUUCUUACUCAUUUAACUGGACUAAAAUUAUUUUGAUAAUAUGUUCUGGAGAAAUUAAUAAAUAAUAUCAUUUAAGAACCUCUUGGAUAAGUACAUGGAUGGGAGGGGCCUGGGGGGAUACGAGCUGAAGGGAUAAAAUUGGGACUAACUGGGUGAAUGUGGAGAGGAUGUUUCCUAUACUGGGAGAGUCUAGGACCAGAAGCCACAGCUUCAGGAUAGAAGGAGGACCCUUUAGAACAGGGAUGAGGAGGAGUUUCUUUAGCCAGAGUGUGGCAAACCUGUGCAAUUUAUUGGCUCUGACAGCUGUGGAGGCCAAGCUAUUGGGUAUAUUUAAAGCGGAGGUUGAUAGGUUCUUGAUUAGUUGGUGUGUCGAAGGAUAUGGGGGGGAAGGCAGGAGAAUGGGGUUGAGAGGAAAAAUAAAUCAGCCAUGAUGACAUGGUGGAGCAGACUCAAUGGGUCAAUGGCCUAGUUUUGCUAGGUUGGAGGAACAACACCUUAUAUUCCGUCUGGGUAGCCUCCAACUUGAUGGCAUGAACAUCGACUUCUCUAACUUCCGCUAAGGCCCCACCUCCCCCUCGUACCCCAUCUGUUACUUAUUUUUAUGCACACAUUCUUUCUCUCACUCUCCUUUUUCUCCCUCUGACCCUCUGAAUAUACCUCUUGCCCAUCCUCUGGGUCACCCCGCCCCUUGUCUUUCUUCCUGGACCUCCUGUCCCAUGAUCCUCUCGUAUCCCCUUUUGCCUAUCACCUGUCCAGCUCUUGGCUCUAUCCCUCUCCCUCCUGUCUUCUCCUAUCAUUUUGCAUCUCCCCCUCCCCCUCCAACUUUCAAAUCCCUUACUCACUCUUCCUUCAGUUAGUCCUGACGAAGGGUCUCGGCCUGAAAUGUCGACUGUACCUCUUCCUAAAGAUGCUGCCUGGCCUGCUGCGUUCACCAGCAACUUUGAUGUGUGUGGCCUAGUUUUGCUCUUCUGUCUUAGGGACAACUUUAUUGGCAUGGGUUUGUUGAACUGGAAGGCCUGUCUCCAUACUGCAUUUCUCUAUGACAGGAUUAAGCCUGGGGUCAUAAAGCCCCCCUGGUCACUCAGUGAGUGUGGUGAGGGAAAGAUCUGUACCUCCUUUGUAAAUCCAUAGAAAAGCUUGUUCCAGUAGCUCAGAACUUGCAAAAGAGCUUUUCAACCAAUGAAGUGCUUUGGAAGCAAAGUCAAUGCUACAAAAACAGCCAAUCAACACCCAGCAUCUCCAACUCCCUGCAGCGUGAGAGUGCCCUUGUAAUUUGCUCCUCGUGAUAGAAGGCAGCUGGGCUUUUUGGAAAGUGCUUCACUAAAUGUGCUUAUAAAUCCUGCCCUACAAUUGUGUUGUAGCUUUGAUUUUGAACAUAUACUGACAGUUCUAUAAAGGAUUUAUCAGAUCUACAAUUCAUUUAAUUAAUGUUCAAACCUAAAUAUUAAAAUAUAGACCUCUAAAAGUUGAGGUGUGCUAAAAUGAAUAGCAAAACUUGAAAUAGUCUCUGAAUCACUUUUUAAAAACCUUAUGAGGGGCAUAACUUUAGAUAAUUGGAAGAAAGUAUGCGGGGGGGGAUGUCAGAAGUAAGUUUUUUUACACAGAGAGUGGCGAGUGUGUGGAAUGUCCUGUCAGGGGUGGUAGUGGAGGUUUAAGAAACUCUUAAAUAGGCACAUGGGUGCAUGUGAGCUCCAUUUCACCGUUUAAGAGAAGCUUGGAUAGGCACAUGGGUGGUAGGGAUAUGGAGGGCUAUUUUCCCGGGGCAGGUUGAUGGGAGCAGGCAGUUUCAAUGGUUUCAGCAUGGACUAGAUGGGCCGAAGGUCCUGCUUCUGUGCUGUACUUCUCUAUGGCUCUAAAAAGGGAGAGAAGGGUUAAAGUGGAUUUAGAAAAGAUUUAAAGGGCAGCACGGCAUCACGGGCCAAAGACCCUGUACUGUGCUGCACUACUCUAUGUUCAAUGUUCAACGUUCCCACAGCCAGGAGCAGACAGAAAGGCACAAGGGACUGGUGAGUUCUUUAAUUCGAGAACUCCACUUUUAGAGUGCUGCCCUGGUGAUAAUUGGGGCAGUACUGGAUACAGCCCAGUCCAUUACGGGUAAAACCCUUCCCACCAUUGCACACAUCUACAUGGAGCCCGGUGGCAGGAAAGCAGUAUCCAUGACUCGGGCCCUCACCACCCAGUCACGUUCUUUUCUCACAGUCGGGUUCGGGAACAGUUAUUGCCCCUCAACCAUCAGGCUCUUGAACCAGAGGGGAUAACUUCACUCGCCCCAUCACUGAACUGUUCCCACAGCUUAUUGUCUCACUUUCAAGGACUCUUCACCUCAUGUUCUCAAUAUUUAUUGUUUAUUUAUUUAUUAUUAUGAUUUUGCUUGUUUUUCUGUUGUUUGUUUGGCACAAUAUCAUGGGCCAAAGGGCCUGUAUUGUGCUGUCAUGUCCUGUCAUCUAUGUUCUAUCUUAUAAAGUCAUAAUGACCUUCAAAAUUUAUCUGACAAUUACAAAACACUCAAUUCUAAAUGCUUUAUUUCCUUAAAAGAAUACAAAAUACCGGCACCUGCAAUUCCACACUAAAUAAAGAGCAGUGUAAAACUAUAACAUUGAAACCUGGUCACUUUAUGGGCUCGUACAAAUGUUCAAACAGCAAAACCAGAAAUUGUUUCAAUUGUUCCAACAGGGUGUAUCAGUUAGACUGCAUCUUUGAAAUACGUAACAUGCCUAUCACAUGCAGCACACUAGUGUAGUGGUUAGCACAAUGCUUUACAGUACCAGCGAUCUGGGUUCAGUUGCCAGCGCUGUCUGUAAGGAGUCCGCACGUUCCUCCCCGUGACCCCAUGUCUUUCCUCCGAGUGCUCCGGUUUCCUCCCACAGUCCAAAGACCUACUGGUUGUUAGGUUAAUUGGUCAUUGGAAACAGUCCUGGGAUUAGGGUAGGAUUAAAUCGAAGGUUGCUGGGUGACGUGGCUAUGAGGGCCAGAAGGGCCUAAUCUACCCUGUAAUAAACUUCACGCCCCAUCUCUGAACUGCUCCCACAACCUGUGGAUUCAUUCUCAAGGACCAGACCACAGUCAGGUGCUGUUUACUCUAGUCUGAAUCAUAGAAUUUAGAACAGUACAGGGCCUUCGGCACACAAUGUUGUGCUGACCCUCUAACUUAGUCCAAGAUCACUCCAACAUUUCCUUCCCUCAUAGCCCUCCAUUUUUCUUUCAUCCAUGCGCCUAUUCAGGGGUCUUAAAAGCCCCUAAUGUAUCUGCCUCUAUCACCACCCCUGGCAGUGUGAUCCACACACCCACCACUCUCUGUAAAAAACCUACCUUUGACAACCCCCUCUAUACUUCCCUCCCAGCAUCUUAAAGUUACGCCCUCUUGUACUAGCCAUUUCUGCCAUGGGAAGUGGAGUGUCUGGCUUGAUCUGUGCCUCUUAUCAUCUUGCACACCACUAUCAAGUCACCUCUCAUCCUCCUUCUCCUCAAAGAGAAAAGUCCUAGCUCACUCAGCCAUCAGAAUUCUAGAAAAGAUUCUUUUAAAAGGGCAUUUCACCCUGACUUGAUAUUUAUAUUUCACAUAUAUUUAUUAGGCAUGCUAAACACAGAUUUUUGAAGCAUAAGUAUAUAUUCUGAAAUCAAAAAAAAAUUUCAGUAAAGAAUUAUAUUUCCUAUGCCAUCUUUUACAACCUCAGGAGGUUUCAGCCGAUGAGGUCUAUUUUUAAGGCUACUAUCUCUUCUGUAAUAUCGGGAGGAUACCAGCCAAUUAGCACACAGCAACCCCCACACACAACGUGGUAAUGAUACAACAAUCACCUUUGUGUUGUUGAGCAAGUUUGGACCUAAAAUACCAAGAGCAAACUCCCCUUACAAUUCCUGGAUACAAUGGUGCACAAUCUCCAAUGCUCAGGGAACAUUUAGUGACAGAGAUGCACGGAUGUUUGGAGAAUAAAUCUUCAGUAAUGUUAAUUAAAUGAAAUAAAAUCUAACUGAUUUCUGAACUCUUUGAAUAACAGUAUUAAGUGGUCACAACAUUUUUUGCCAACAAUAAUGAGAAAAAAAAUGCUCUGGAAACUGUUUUGAUGCAUGUUCCUGACCAGCAAUAUUUCUUUAUAUUACAUUUGAGAAUCGGUAGAACAAAACUGUACUUCACAAAAGCUAUCAGUGUAACUAUGCUAAAAAUGUGCUUUGAGCAACAUGUCUUAGGCAUUGAAACAUUUUAUUUUUAAACCGAACAGUCCAAAAGAUACUAUGUCAAUGUGCUCAUGUUAGGAACACCAGUGAUUUUGAGAGUUUAUUGCAAUAUCCCACAUUUAUUUUUGGAAAAUGGUGCCUUCUUAAAGGAGUAUUAUGCAUUGACAAGAAAUUUAACCGUCUGCUUUUUAGAAUGUUUGUAUUUUAAUCUCUGCCUGAAAUUACUGGGUUUUUUUUGUGAUUUUUUUGGAAUAUUUUGUGUGUGCUUGCAAUAAUGUAUAAAUUAUGUUAAUAAAGAAACUAAAUCUUUACAAUGUUGAGAUGCUUUACUGGAAUUUUACACUAUAUUUACACUAUACUCUACACUAUAUUUACAUUCUACACUAUAUUUAUCCAUGCGAUUUUACGUAACAGACAUCAUUGUUCAGAACAAUGGCUCCCACUUCACACAAACAAAGAUCUUACAUUGACAAGGACAAGUAUUAAUAAGACUAUGACACAUAAAAGAACUGAGAAUGCAUUUUCCUGUCUCCAAUCUGAUUGCAACAACUUUGGGAAUGCCUGGAAACUUGUACCAAUGUAAGGAAACAUCAUUUCAGAAAAUUAGUUUUGGCAAGCUAUUAAGUAAUUUGCAAAACUGACAGCGAACUGCCAGGUGAGCUGAAAAGGUUAUUGGCUGCAGUCUAC